AUGCGUGAGUGCAUCUCUAUCCACGUUGGCCAGGCCGGUGUCCAGAUCAGCAACGUCUGUUGGGAGCUCUACUGUCUGGAACACGGCAUCCAGCCCUAUGGCCAGAUGCCCAGUGACAAGACCAUUGGGGGAGGGGAUGACUUCUUCAACACCUUCUUCAGUGAGACGGGCUCUGGCAAGCAUGUGCCCAGGGCAGUGUUUGUAGACCUGGAGCCCACAGUCAUUGAUGAAGUUCGCACUGGCACCUACCGCCAGCUCUUCUACCCUGAGCAGCUCAUCACGUGCAAGGAGGAUGCUGCCAACAAUUAUGCCCAUGGGCACUACACCAUCAGCAAGGAGAUCAUCGACCUCGUCCUGGACAGAAUCCAUAAGCUGGCUGACCAGUGCACAGGUCUCCAGGGCUUCUCGGUUUUCCACAGCUUCGGUGGGGGCACUGGUUCCGGGUUCACAUCCCUGCUGAUGGAACGCCUCUCGGUUGAUUAUGGCAAGAAGCCCAAGCUGGAGUUCUCUAUCUACCCUGCCCCCCAGGUGUCCACAGCUGUACAAGAAAAAGGCUACUUGUUCACAAGGCCAGUUGCUCAUGAACCAGCACUUUCCCAGCUGACACUGGGGCUCAAGUGCACAGACCUUUCUGACUGUGCAGCGCUGCAGCGCAUUUACUCAGAUCGUCUUAAUUAA